UGGAUCUUUCCACUUUGACAAAUCCACACGCAAUCGUUAAGCUCUUCAAAUUCCUUCACUUUCCUGGAAAUUUCCUUCUCCUGUUCCGAUUUUCUCUUAUUUAAAGCUUCAUUUCUCACCCACUCUUCUCUCUCUCUCAUCUACGCUUCCUCUGUUUUUUCAUUUCAGAUAAUAAAAUCUUUAGAAUCUUUGAUACUUUGAAGGGAAUUGGUGUUGGAGAUGGAGAAUAACCAAUCUUUCUAUCAAUUCAGUGAUCAGCUGAGGUUGCAGGCUUCAAACUUAGCUAAUCUGUCGCUCAACGACUCAAUAUGGAGCAAUUCGUAUGUGUCAAAGAGGCCCGAUGAAAGGAGGAAUUUUGAUUUAAGAGUUGGUGGUGAAGUGAAUUCUGUUGUAAAUUCUAAGCCAAAAGAGUCUGAUUUAAAUGGUUUUAAUGAUGGAUGGAAGAUAGGAUCUAAUCCUUCUUCUGCUUCUACUGAUUUGAAUGGAUUUAAUGAUAGUUGGAAGAUGGGACUGGGAUAUGGUGCUAAAAGUUACAGUCUUGGUCCUAUUGGCCCAAUUGGUCAGGUUAUUGGCGGUGGGUCUCAAAAGAAUGUUGGGAUCAACGGCGGGUUUAGCAAGGGGAUAUAUUCAAAGAAUAAUUAUAAUCUCAACAGCAAUCUUAAUGUUAAUGUGAAAGGGAAUAAGAACAAGGGAGACGAUGAUCAUGGAGUCAUCAAAACUGGCAAGAAAAACACUAACAAGAAGAACAGUGGUGAUAAUAACAAUAAUAAUGACGGUAAAGACAACAAAAGUGCUGCUGAUAAGAGAUUUAAGACACUGCCACCAUCAGAGUCUCUGCCUAGAAAUGAAACUGUAGGUGGUUAUAUCUUCGUCUGCAAUAAUGAUACUAUGCAAGAGAAUCUCAAGAGGCAGCUCUUUGGUUUGCCUCCUCGUUACCGAGACUCAGUGAGGGCAAUUACUCCAGGCCUGCCCCUUUUCCUGUAUAACUACUCCACCCACCAACUCCAUGGAAUUUUCGAGGCUGCAAGUUUUGGUGGAACAAACAUUGAUCCGACUGCCUGGGAGGACAAGAAAUGCCCUGGAGAGUCGCGCUUUCCUGCUCAGGUGAGAGUUAUUACAAGGAAAAUCUGUGAGCCGCUUGAAGAGGAUUCCUUCAGGCCAGUUCUCCACCACUAUGAUGGCCCUAAGUUCCGGCUUGAACUCAACAUUCCUGAGGCUCUGUCUCUUUUGGACAUAUUUGAUGAACAAAACCUUUGAACAGUUUUAUCAUAUACAGGCAUAAAGAUACACACACACGAGGCGAAGAGAAGAGUUGAUCAAAGAAACAGAAGAUAAAAUUAAAGAGUUGUUUAGCUUUAAUAUAUAACAUAUAUAUAAAGUUAGUUUGGGGAAGAAUACUAUGGGAAUGGGAAAGAGGCUGAAAAUAUACAGCCUAGUUUGAUGUAUAAUUUUUGUUUGGAGGCUGUUUAUGGUCCCUUUUAUUCUCUCUUGUUUGUCCUAUAAAUAAUUAAAAAUAUUACAAAAUGAAAUCUUUAUUUAUAAUAA